CCCUUGAGUGCUAUUUUUAUGACUUUUGACCUUGAGUGCUAGUUUGGGAACAAAAACUUGAUUUAGUGCUAUUUUUGUCUUUUUCUCUAAUAAUUAUUCCGGCGGAAUUUAAUCGUUAUAAAUAGGGGAAUCGAGGACAAGAAGAAAGCUAACGUGGCAGUUAAGGAAAUAAUGAUGAAGCUAUAACAAAGGCGAGACGUGGGCUAAUUGAAAUUUUAAUUUCGAAAAAAAUUGAGAGGUUCGGCUGAGAAUGCGUCUAUGUAAUUAAGCGGUUGAGAAUAUCAUUGUUGCCGAGUUUCUUUAUCUCUCCCCUAUUUAUCUGAAGGACAAAGUCCCCACGCUGCACAUAACAUAAGAUAACGCAUAGAGAAAACAAAGAAGAAAAGAAGAAGAUGUCGUGGCAAACUUACGUUGAUGAGCAUUUGAUGUGUGAUGUCGGAGACGGCCAGGGUCAUCACCUUACUGCCGCCGCAAUCGUUGGUCAUGACGGUAGCGUUUGGGCUCAGAGCGCUAACUUCCCCCAGUUCAAGGCACAAGAGUUCACUGGUAUUAUGAAAGAUUUCGAUGAACCGGGUCACUUAGCCCCCACAGGGUUAUUUCUAGCAGGAGCCAAGUACAUGGUCAUCCAAGGCGAGCCUGGAGCUGUAAUCCGUGGCAAGAAGGGAGCUGGAGGCAUAACCAUAAAGAAAACAGGACAAUCAUGUGUGUUUGGGAUAUACGAAGAGCCCGUGACACCAGGACAGUGCAAUAUGGUCGUUGAGAGGUUGGGUGAUUACCUCCUCGAACAGGAUCUCUAAGCCCCCAUCUCAUCAAACCUACUACAAUGUUCCACCUUCCACAUUUUUUAUGCAAACUAAUAUAUAUAUGAUUUUAUUUCUGGAUUCUUUCUAAGAAGGUGAAGCCUAAUUUAGAGUCUGAUGGUUUUCCUUUUUCUUUUUACUUGAUUUUAUCAGAUUUAUUUUAUUUUGCUUUUGUUAACCAUGUGAAAUAAUUUGUCUAUCUGUUAUUCUCUCUUGACUUUUGACGAAUUGCAUUUUAUGUCAUUAGUGUUGACAUAUUAAGAAAAUAAUAUAUGGUUUGACAACAACUAAUAUUAAAUAGUUUGCGUGUUUGCACCUUAAUGUGCAGCUCACAAAACUACAAAUAGACGUAGCAUAGAGCUUUUGAAAAUGUUAUAUUUGAUUACAAAACUAUGAAAAACAUAUCAACCAAUGUUAUUAUAUUAACUCUGGUUAACAUCUAUUUUUCUUAUGAAACAUUCGAGAAUCACCAAGAAAAAGCUAGAUAUAUCUUGAGUGAUCAAACUCCUUGUGAUAAAAACUUGUGGUAGCUUCAUUGUUGAUUGAGGGCCUUAUCCUCAUCAUAAAGAAAAUAUUCACAUAUCAUAUUGCAUUUUUCAACAAAGUUAAGGAAAUAAUGCAAAUGAUGUAGCACUCAUUAUUUUGCUAUUCAUUUAUUACUAUCUUAUUAACAAAUUAUACUAUAAGAUGUUAAGUUUUUUUUUUAAUAUUGAUUGGUUAAUAAACAAUAGAUAUAGAACAAUGAAAGAAUAAAAAAUAAAAAAUAGUUUACUUAAAAAUAAACUAAAAUAAGUAAAUAUAAAGGAAAAUAUAAAGAAUUCUGGGAGAAAAUUACAUACUAUUAUUCGUCCAAAAAAUGUCUUUACGGUUGCUUUUACUGAGUGAAGUCAGGACUGGCGGUUAUGUUGCAUCUUUGGAAGGAAAACCCGUGACCUCGGCGUUAUAAUGUUGCUCUGUCCUACAAGCGGUCUACGCGCUUCUAUCUGGCAAUUCUUGAACACUGCUGUUGCAUUUCCGCAAAUAAAAUCGACUGUCUCCGUGAUUUGACAUUCCCUUUAAAAUUGCUGAUACUUGUGUGCAUAAAGAGUAUCCUGAUAUGCAUCAAUGCGGCAACGGUAGAAGACUGCUCUAUCAGAGCUCACUCAUUAUUUAAGGAAAUAAUGCAAAUGAUGUAGCACUCAUUAUUUUGCUUUUCAUUUAUUACUAUCUUAUUAACAAAUAAUACUAUAAGAUGUUAAGUUUUUUUUUUAAUAUUGAUUGGUUAAUAAACAAUAGAUAUAGAAUAAUGAAAAAAAUAAAAAAUAAAAAAUAAAAAAAUAGUUUACUUAAAAAUAAACUAAAAUAAGUAAAUAUAAAGGAAAAUAUGAGCAAAUUCUUGUCGAGAUUAUCGAGCUAAGCAGGAACGUCCUUGUCGACCACCAUCUUCAGUUUGGGGGUUGAUGAUGGAGAACAAUUUCGCCCUCAGAAUCCAUGAAAGAGAGGAGGAGGCGAGAUGGAAAGACUAGGCAAUAACUGUGCAAUUUAUUUGUCAAACUGUUAAGAAUAAUAAAAAAAAUUACUUCACAUGUUUGCAUUAACUUCAUUAGUUAUUUGUACAAUUGCUAAGAAUUUUGGGAAAAAAUUACAUACUAUUAUUCGUCCAAAAAAUGUCUUUAUGGUUGCUUUUACGAAGUGAAGGUUAUGUUGUAUCUUUGGAAGGAAAACUCCGUGACCUCGGUUGCUCUGUCCUACAAACGGUCUAUGCGCCUCUAUCUGGCAAUUCUGGAACACUGCAGUUGCAUGUCCGCAAAUAAAAUCACUGGGACUCCCAGUGAUUUGACAUUUUCUGUAAAAUUGCUGAUACUUAUGUGCAUAAAAAGUAUCCUGAUAUACAUCAAUGUGGCAACGGUAGAAGACUGCUCUAUCAGAUCUCACUCUAAGAGCCACAGCCUGCCCCUUCUUUGGCCCAACCGUGUUCCGUAUGCAAAUUUCUGGAGCAACAAACCCUUCUCCACUAACCUAUAAUUAAAUCAAUAAUAUCAUUAGGUUUCAAAAGUAUAAAGAACUAUAAAAAUAGAAAGAAAUAAAAACAUUUCGAUAUAUAAAAAAAAUGGAUGUUAGAAACAAAAACAUUUCACUUCUAUGUCAUCGUCAAUUUUUAGUCUCGUUUUAUUAGAAGUGAUGUUUUAUUAAUAUCAACUCAUGUCAUCAUCAAUUUUUAGUCUCGUUUUAUUAGAAGUGAUGUUAAUAAAUACAUAUUUGUAUCACUUUCGUUAACUAACGCUAAUGAAAUGAGUUCGUAGCGGUUAAAUAACUGAUGCAUCUACUAUGUUUAUUUUUUUAAUUAAUAAAUUGAGAGGAUAUAUAUCCUUUAGUAAGAUUUUGUAGAUCUAACUGAACUGUAAAAGAAUUUUCUUUUCUUGUGAUGUUGAGAAGAUAAGUGAAUCUAACAACUAAUUUUACAUGUAUAUUUAUAGAUCGUGGCUGAUAUCUCUUUUCGAUACAAAAACGCAUCAUCAUUCUUUUGCUAUCAAUCUACGGCCCUGAAACGGGCCCGGCCCAGUCAUAAAAUAUAAAAAUAAUAACAUAUGCUGUCUAUUCUAUGCCGUUGACAUUUGCGUCAUGGUUCUAGCUUUGAGUUUUGUUGAUCAGUUCAACAGUUAUAAAUAUUUGAACAAAUGCAAAAUACGUAGUUAUAAAGAAAUCUUCUUCUUCUUCUUUUUUUUUUUUUUUUGCAAACAAAACCUUCUUAUAUAGUAUUGGAAAACAAAAAUAAUUAAAAGGUUAAGUUGGCAACAAAAUUAAAAGGUUAUUGUCGGCAAAUCAUUCCCAUCCCACCUGUCUUUAUUUUGUUCUAACAGCUCAUCGAGAUGUGGAAUCUGAUUUUCUUUCUUUUUACAAUGGAAAUAGAAUGUAUUAUUGACAUAUAAACGAAAUUGUUCUGAUAUUCUUUCUUCUCAUACACAACACUAAAUGUCUUAAGAAUCUCAAAUUAUCAAUUGAAUUUUUAAGAGAUUAUUUCUUUGUUUCUAAUAAAAAUAAAAGUGGUCUUGAUAAAAAUCUAUUGACUUAUGGAAAUGAGAAUAUUAAAUUGUAAAGGAUGGACAUAAAUAAUGGAAUAUUAUUGUGUAUGGCAUACAAUACAAGAGCAUAUCCACCCUUUAACCAAUGAUGAUGUCCAUACUUUGACAUAUUCGCUAUGGUUUUAUGAAUUAAAAUCAAGUAUUAUUUAUUUACGUAAAAUUAAUUCAUAAUCAUUCUUUUUCAACAGCAAAAAGAAAAACAAGCAGUGAUUCCUUUUAGAAAACAAUCGAACAUUUUCACAUA